AUGCCAAUAACACCCACAUAUAAAUGUGUUCUUCUUGAUAUUGAAGGAACAACAACACCUAUUUCAUUUGUUCAUGAUCGUUUAUUUUCAUAUGUUAAAAAUAAUUUAUUACAAGAACAAAUUCAAUUAUUAAGAGAACAAGCAAUGAAAGAUGUGAACAAUAAUUUAUCUGAUGUAAUUCUUGUUCCAGAGGUACAACAACAAGGAAAAAAAACUAAUGAAGAAGAAAUUAAAAAAGCUAUUAUACAAAAUAUUCAAUGGCAAAUGAAAAUCAAUAGAAAAAUAGGCGCGUUUAAAUCAUUCCAAGGAUUUAUGUGGGAAUCAGGUUAUGAAUCAGGAGAACUAAAAGGAGAAAUAUUUGAUGAUGUAUUAGAUGCAUUAAAAAAGUGGAAAGAAAGUGGAAUUAAAAUAUAUAUAUAUUCAUCUGGCAGCAUUUCAGCACAAAAGUCUUUAUUUAAAAAUUCUGAUAAAGGUGACUUAACAGAAUAUAUUGAUGGUUAUUUCGAUACUUCUAUUGGAAGUAAAAUUGAAAAAUCUAGUUAUGUGAAUAUUGCUAAAGAAAUUCAAUUGGAACCUAGGGAUAUCUUAUUUCUCAGUGAUAAUGUUAAAGAAAUAAUUUCUGCCAAAUCUGUUUGUUAUCAAGCUGCUAUUAUUGAGCGUAAAAACAAUAUGCCUUUGUCCGAUGAUGACCGUAAAAAUAAUAUUAUUUUUACAGAUUUUCUUCAAAUAUUUUCUUAUUUGUUUUUAUAA